AUGGACGUCGAUAUGCAGGAUGACAUGCGUGGCGGCCGUGGCGGUGCGCGCCGUACGCCGCUGUUGCGCCGCCGUGGUGCUGCGAACCAUGGCCGUGAGCUUGGGAUCAAAGGCUCUUCGGGCCAGACGAUGGUCGUUGUCGCGAAUCUUGCGAAGGGCACGACAUUGGAGGAUGUUCGUACGACGUUUGAGCAAUUUGGCCGCAUUGUCAACGUAAAAGAGUACCGUAUGCCGAACCUGGCGAAGAAUGCGCUGGCGUACAAGGUGUUGUUUAGCAAUCGUGCGGCAGCCAUGAGUGCGUGCCAGAAGUACGACGGUAUGCACUCGGAUGGCCACAUGCUGAAAGUGCAAGUAAUCUCGGACGAGCCUGAGACGCCGGCUCCUGCGCCAGCGCCGCCUCGUCCGAAGAAGAAGGGGCCUUCUACGACACCGCGGCUGGAAGAAGAGCAGCUCCCGCUGCCUGUCCUUCGCCGCCUCGCGCAGGCUGAGGCCAAGUACUUGGCGGAAACGGAGCGGAUUUUGCGCGAGAAAGAUACGCCUGCGACGGCCGCGCAGGCAACCAAAGCGACGUCGCUGCUGAGUCGGAUCGGGAGUGCGCCGCUGGCGCAGCGUCUUGCUGCUCCUACGCCGCAGUCGGCCGCGGAGAAGAUGGCCAAGUCGCCUGCGGCUGCGAAGCGGCAUCGUGCGCGGCAACGUCGCGCCGCGCGCGCGAAGAAGGCCGGCGGCGUGCGUGCGAUGGACGUGGAGUAG